CCGAUCAGAUAUCAUGGCAUGAUUUGCUUAUAUACCAAUCUUGGGGAACAUUUAAUAACUGGAUGCACACCUCAUUUUCUCUUAAAUAGUUGGCAUGAAACCUCCAUCUUUACGUAUCUUGAGUCUCAAGCCAUACAGGCCGCAUAUCAUCCCAAAGCAGAAUACCGUCCGAUCCUUUUCUUCGAGUUAUCAAUUCUCCAAAAGCAUUUCUUCCUCGAACAUCAGAAACAUGGGUGACCAGCCAGAUGAGAUCAGGCUCCAGCCAACCAAGGACGGCUCUUUCAUUCGACCCGACAGCGCCUUUCGCAGUUUCGUAUCAAAAGACCCAGAUUCUCAGUUCCCCGCUGAGAAUGAUCGCUAUGCACUCUAUCUCAGCCCAGGAUGUCCAUGGUCUCAUCGCGUCAUGAUCGUGAGAAGUCUCAAGAAACUCGACGAUAUGAUCGACCUGUAUAUCUGCUCACUCACUAUGGGCAAAGAUGGUUGGUUUUUCGAUGACAGCCCAGAAGCAGCCAAGUAUGGUGUACUCCCCAAGGAUCCACUAUAUGGCUUCGACACAUUGAAGCAACUAUAUCUCAAUGCCAACCAAAAUUAUGAGGGUCGCUACACCGUGCCCAUCCUUUGGGAUAAGAAGACUCACACCAUGGUCAGCAACGAGUCCAGUGACAUCAUUCGGAUGCUCUACACGGAGUUCGACCACCUUCUUCCGGAGGAAGAGCGUGAAAGUCACAAACCCGGACGCGAACUCUACCCAGAGCACUUGAAAGAUAAUAUCGAUGAAAUCAACGAAUGGGUCUACGACACUGUCAACAAUGGCGUAUACAAGACAGGAUUUGCCACGUCUCAAGCUGCAUAUGAAGAAAAUGUCGUAAAGGUCUUCAAGUCACUCGAUCGACUCGAAAGAAUCCUCGACGACGGUCCCUUUCUUCUCGGUCAGCACAUUACCGAGGCUGAUAUCCGUCUCUUCCCAACCAUUCUUCGUUUUGACGUUGCGUACGUUCCUAUCUUCAUGUGCAAUCUUGGAACCAUCAGGGAUCACUAUCCGAACUUGCAUCUCUGGUUGAGGAGACUUUACUGGGACAAUAGCUUCAGAACUCAUGGCGCGUUUCGAAAGACAUCGGAGACUUGGAUUGGGAAGUACAAGACUGGUUAUGCAAAUGCUAGACGAAGGAUUCUUGGUAUCACUGGGCCGGACAUUGUCCCCAAGGGUCCUCUGGUGUUGAUUCACGAGUUGGAAGAGGGAGAGAGGCUUUAGGCCUGAUCAUGAAAUAUGACGAUCGCUGAAAUAUGGCGAUCGCUGAAAUAUGACACUAGCAGUGAUAUACAUGAUAUUGCUUUGUGCACUUAUGAUUAUGGAUUUUUACAUGUCGAUUAGACUUAGUAAGUGAGAUAGCUUGCUUAACCGCCGUGUUCCUAUACCAGAUCGUGAUACGCG